UGCGACAACCAAGCCAAGGUUGUUUCGCUGCACACCACCACCACCAGCCCCACCAACCACCAGGCGUCGUACGCAGCCCAGCCACCGUUUGUUGUUGUUGACCCCUGCAACCCGGCAACAGGGAACCCACUACCAGCAUUCAGCAGGCCUCUGCACUGGGCACAAUCCAACCAAAUCAAAGCAUGUCCACGGUUACGCACCAUUACGAUUGCGCCAGUACCUGUAUUUGCAGCCCACUGUGCCUUGGAUGCCACGCUCUUUAACUGGCUGUGGCAGUGAUCCAUCGACAUCGAGCCUAUCGGGCGGCUGGAAAGCCCCCCCUUCCGAGGACUCGGACCAGCAAAACCCCUUUGGUGGCCGCGUCGCCUUUUCUUUCUUAACUCUCCAUUGUUCGAACAUCCAGUAGUCACUCAUUUUUAUUGCACAGAGUUGUUAUUCCCAACUCUCUCCGCAGUCUCAUUGUCUCUCAAUUCGCCGCUGCCACCCGCCGCCUUCUCCAGCAGAAAAGGAUUCUGACCCACCCGCUGGCGAUCCAGCGCUAAGUGCCAAAGUAAACAAAGCACUGCCAGCCCCAUUCUCUCGCCUGUCGACCUUCUCAACAACUCUCAAUGGUUAUCCAGUCUUGGUAAACCAACAACCCGAUAUUCACUAUGAGUGCUACGGCGAAGCCAUUCGGCCUCCAAGGCGCUGCACACACAGCUGGCAUCUUCGCAGACCACUCUGUUGACGGACCUAUUAUUGGCACCCUAGUUGCCGUCGUCGACAGGGCCAAGAACCUUCCCAACCGAAAGACUAUCGGCAAACAGGAUCCCUAUUGCGCUGCUAGACUGGGCAAGGAAGCCAAGAAGACAGCUACGGAUAUCAGAGGAGGGCAGACCCCUAAAUGGGACCAAGAGUUGCGAUUCACCGUCCACGAUUCGUCCGACUACUACCAACUUAAAGUCUCCGUCUUUACCGACGACAAAAGAACCGAUCUCAUUGGAGAAACAUGGAUUGAUUUGAAAGGUAUCAUCAUUGCCGGUGGUGGCCAGAGUGACGUUUGGCAAAGCCUCUCGUGCAAGGGCAAAUACGCUGGUGAAAUCCGUCUUGAAAUUACCUUUUACGACUCCAGACCAAAGCCAGAGCGCCCCGCUGCCGCUAGACCGAAACCGCAGCAUGCAGAUAGUGAUGUAGGCUCGUCAAGACAGCGAGGCGGUGCCAAACGAAGACCUCUACCAUCCGAUCCUGUUACAGGCGAGGCCCCUCCCAUGGCAGCAGCCGUAACUGCAUCGACGCCUGACUUCUAUGCUCAGCAGCAGACCCCUCCUCGGCAGCAUACUAAGAGACCAUCCCACUCAGGACUCAUACCCAACCAGUCACCCUUGCAGUCGGUUGAGUACAACGCAGCAGCAUCCAGACCCCAACCCAACGACCCAUACUAUACAACUCCCACCCGAAGAGUUGAGCGUGAGCAAAGCCAAGAUUGGGAUCAGUACGAACCACCUAGUUACGACCAGCCUGGCCAAAGACACUACUCGCCUGCUGAGCGACAUGAGCCCCCAUCCAGAGGUUCCCCUCGCAAUCUACCACCGAUUGAGACCGCACAACCACCGCCCCCACCUGCUCAUCGCUCGCGCCAAAGCAGUGUAGGUCCAGAUAUGAGCUCCAGAGGUAGUCAUGAAACGUCGCCGCAGAAACAGAAUGCCCAGGCGAACAUGCGACACGGUGUACUACGAAAUGAAGCUCACCGAUACACAAACUCGGCGUCCAAUGUGCCUUAUCAGACCUACCAGGCCCCUCCUACCGCUACUUCUGCCUCACCAAACAGUCCUCGGCACCAUGAGCGAUCGGCCUCGCAUGACCCUUACGCAAGAAACGGGUAUGGAGGAGACGAAAUGCACUUUGAGCGCGAACCCAGUCCUGGCCCUUAUAGCCGAUCACCCGGUCACAUGGCCUCUUCUCCUAGGCAUUACGGAUCAUCUCGUCAUGAAGACCAUGACGACUACCAAAACGUGCCUUCACCAGCAGCAUCUCGUGAAUAUGGAAACAGCCCGGGGCGUGCACCCCCAGAGCAACACCACCGGCAAGCUAGCUACCGCGAUGAAUACGACGCAUCGUCCCGUGGACAUUCCCCCGGCUACAGUGUUCCACCCCCACCAUCAUCGCUCUCAUACAAUGUUGACCCUCGACUUUCCCGGGACGUGGCAGACAGGAUUAACGACGAGCGGCGAUAUGAUGAGCGUUUCCAUCAACAAACCGCUGCUGGCCGUGGACGGCAGUAUAGUGAACCGCCUCCAUCAUACGGUGGCCGACGAGAUGCGUCCCCGCAGCCCAUGCAACAGAGUGAUCGUCGAUCAACUGCGAACUAUGCUGCUCCCGACCCUCAUACAGAGCAGAGGCGUCGCAUGUCGGCUAGCCCAAACCCUGCUCACCGAAUCCCCCGCAAAUCAGUCAGCCCCGCACCAUCGCUUGUGGUUGUUGAGAGACGACGACUGUCUGAUGUCCCCUUUGGCCCUGAUUCGUACGAUGCGCUGAACCCGAGUGUGGUGUCAUCUGCACGCUCCGACUACUCUGCAACAUCCGGGUUGGAGCAUAGGCAACCAAAUGGAAAGAUUAUUGCUCAUAACGGCCAAGAAGUAGACCCAUCAGAUCACUUACCGGAGACAUCGUGGGCACCAGAGCCAGAACCUCGCCCUGGAUCCAAGCAGCCAUCUCCUGAGCCAGCACGUACCCGUCAAUCGCUCAGUGGCGCACAGCCCAUGCCCCAGGCCCAAAGAAACAGGGAUCGCAGGUCUACGAGACCAGAAGUAAACGAUCCACAACAGUCAUACGGCUACCAGUAUAACGAACCGACCACUCCCACUACAACUGGUAGGACCAGGCUGCAGAAGAAGGCGCGAGGCUCGUCCAUAUCUCCCGGUGCCAUCCCUCUGGCCCCUAUGGCGCCCGAGCAGUACCAUGACAAUAGAUAUGGUGGAUACUCACCGUCCCGAGAGCCAGCACGGGGUCAUUACGACUAUCCAAACGAGAACUACGCUCCUCAAUACGGACAUGGGCCGCCAAUCCCCGCCAAGGUGCCUCUUCACGCAAGCGAGCAUUCAAGCUUGGAAGACGAGAUGUCUCGUAUCGAUAUCGGCAAUGGACGAUCAAGACGUCGGGGCGGCUAUUAAAAUCUCAUUUUUCGACAAUUGAAAUGUAUCAUAGUUUGUGCAUGUCAUCCAGGAUACGCGGAUGGCUUUAUUGCGGCGUUAAUUUUUGUUGUUUUGCAUUGGAUAUGGAGACGGGAUCACGGGUCAAUUGACUGAAUAUAGAAGUAGGAACCAAUAGAAUCUAUGUUUCUCUUGAUUUUCU